AUGUCGUACUCAUCUUCAGAAAGAGGAAGAAAUCCUGGAAACUACGGGCUGGUCAGACUUGUUUUGGUCCCUGAGAAGACCAUGGAGCAAUUCUUCCUGGAAAAAUUAAAUUUUGACCCCACUUUGAGCAGGCAGUUGGCUUUGUCACCUCCCAAAAUCUGUCCCAACCUCAAUGAUUCUGUGAUUCUAUGGAAUGUACUUAUACAGAGUUUUUCAAAAUCCAGUACGCAGCACAAGGCCCAAGACUGGCUUGCUCAGUCACGCAGCAGCUGUACAUACAUCAUUGGGGAUCUAAAUGCCUGGCUAGCACAGGAAAGCGAUCUGAUCACUACAGUCUUUUCCAAAUUGCAGAUCUGGGACACGGCUGGCCAGGAGAGAUUCCGAACUAUCACACAGAGUUACUACCGCAGCGCCAAUGGAGCAAUCCUAGCCUAUGAUAUCAGCAAGAGAGGCUCUUUCCUGUCCAUUCCUCGCUGGAUCGAGGAUGUGAGAAAGUAUGCCGGUUCCAACAUAGUACAAUUACUGAUUGGAAACAAGUCUGACCUAAGUGACCUUCGAGAGGUUCAGCUGGAAGAAGCUCAGAGUCUGGCUGAACACUAUGAUAAUAUCAUCUGUGCCAUAGAGACCUCUGCGAAAGACUCCAGCAAUGUGGAGGAGGCUUUUGUGAAGAUGGCUACAGAGCUCAUGAUGAGGCAUGGAGGCCCUAUGUUCAGUGAGAAGAAUACUGACAGCAUUAAGCUUGACAGCAAAGACGUUGUGGAAGGCUGGGGGUGUGGUUGCUGAUAUGAGCUAGGUGAUACCC